UUAUCCCUAAAAGGGGAUAGGGUCAUGCUUCUUUGGUGAUAGGAUAGUUCAGGAAACUAAUGGAGGAAAGCAAUAAUAGAGGGGAAUUUCAGGCAAAUUUAGCUAAACAGUCUUCAUUAAGGGCAGGUGGCAGCUUGAAAUCAACAUUAUCUGGAAAAACAACCCCAAGAAGUUCCCCUUCAUUCAGAAGACUGAAUUCUAGCAGAACACCAAGAAAAGAAGGAAGGAGUAGCGUAGGUGGUGGUGGUGGUGCACUGUGGUUUCGGAGCAAUCGCUUAGUGUUGUGGUUGCUUCUAAUUACCCUCUGGGCUUAUCUUGGAUUUUUUGUUCAGUCCAGGUGGGCACAUAGUGAUAAGAAGGAGGAAUUUUCUGGCUUUGGAAGCAGGCCAAGAAAUACCAACUCAGAUGCUGAACAGAGUCAACGCCGUGAUUUGCUUGCCAGUGAUAAUUCCUUAGCUGUUAGUAAUGAGACAAUUAGAAAUACAGAAGGGAUCGGUAAAACAAUUAAUGUAGCUUUGGCCAAGAAAGAAAAUGAUGUUCCAUCUCAUCGUAAAACAAGUUCAAAGAAAAGGAGCAGAAGAUCAGGUAAAGCACGGGGUAAGCAUAAACCAACACUGGAAAUUAAGAAUGGUGAUGUAGAGGAACAGGAGCCAGAAAUUCCUAAGACCAAUAGUACAUAUGGCAUGCUUGUUGGUCCAUUUGGCUCAACAGAGGAUAGGAUUCUGGAAUGGAGCCCUCAGAAGCGUUCUGGGACAUGUAACAGGAAGGGGGACUUUGCACGUCUUGUUUGGUCCAGAAGAUUUAUUUUGAUAUUCCAUGAGCUUUCUAUGACUGGAGCUCCACUUUCAAUGAUGGAGUUAGCAACAGAGCUUUUGAGCUGUGGAGCCACUGUUUCAGCUGUUGUGCUUAGCAAGAAGGGUGGAUUGAUGUCAGAGCUGGCUAGAAGACGAAUCAAAGUACUCGAGGACAAAGCAGAUCUCAGCUUCAAAACUGCAAUGAAGGCUGAUCUUGUCAUUGCUGGAUCAGCUGUCUGUGCAUCAUGGAUUGAACAAUAUAUUGAACAUUUUCCUGCUGGUGGGAGCCAAGUUGCUUGGUGGAUUAUGGAAAACCGGAAAGAGUACUUUAAUCGUUCAAAGGAUGUCUUGCACAGAGUAAAGAUGUUGGUUUUUCUUUCUGAAUCACAAUCUAAACAAUGGCAAAAAUGGUGUGAAGAAGAAAGCGUAAAAUUGAGAACCCAGCCUGAAAUUGUUCCAUUGUCUGUUAAUGAUGAGCUGGCAUUUGUAGCUGGCAUUUCUUCUACCCUUAACACUCCAUCCUUUAGUCCUGAGAAAAUGGUUGAAAAAAGGCAGAUGUUGCGAGAAGCAGUCCGAAAAGAAAUGGGCUUAACUGAUAACGAUAUGCUUGUGAUAUCUCUGAGUAGCAUAAACCCUGGGAAGGGCCAGCUUUUGCUUCUUGAAUCGGCAAGCUCAGUAGUAGAACAUGGACAAUUGCUAGAUGAUAAGAAAAUGAAAAAAUCAUCAAAUUUAAGGGAAGGCCUAUCUACCCUGGCUAGAAGACAUCGUAUUAGAAAAUUGUUGCCGUUUAGAAAAGAAGUGUUGCCCAACAACAAAGGAACAAUGCAACAAUCUCUCAAAGUUCUCAUUGGUUCUGUUGGAUCUAAGAGUAACAAGGUGGAUUAUGUUAAAGGCCUUCUAAGUUUCUUAGCACAGCAUCCAAACACUUCAAAAUCAUUUUUGUGGACUCCAGCCACAACACGGGUUGCCUCACUUUACUCUGCUGCAGAUGUUUAUGUUAUAAACUCUCAGGGAUUGGGAGAAACAUUUGGACGGGUGACUAUAGAAGCAAUGGCGUUUGGUCUUCCGGUUCUUGGAACGAAUGCUGGGGGAACUCAAGAGAUUGUUGAGCACAAUGUUACAGGUCUUCUUCAUCCUAUUGGACGUUCAGGGAAUCUUGUCCUUGCACAUAAUCUCCGGUUUUUACUUGAAAACCAGUUGGCAAGGAAGCAAAUGGGGAUGGAAGGAAGAAAGAAGGUGCAGAGGAUGUACUUGAAGCGACACAUGUAUAAGAAAUUUGUAGAUGUUAUUGUCAAGUGCAUGAGAAGCAAAUAA